AUGCGCUUAUGUCUCAUUAUCCCCGUAUAUUCUAUCGUUUCCUUCCUGUGCAUCUGCUUUCCCAACGCAUACGUCUACCUUGAUACGUGGCUGGAUGUGGUCCAGGGAGACUUACUGACGACCUUCUUCUUAUUGUUAUGCGAUUAUAUCUCUACGGACCCCUAUCAGCGAGAAGCUUAUCUUGCCAAAGUCGAUCUACCCUUAAAUAAAAAGACGCAACAACCUGUCGACGCGGUUGCAUGGUACCAGAAAACCUGGCUCUUUAUCAUCCAAUACCCCAUCGCCAGCUUCAUCUGUGCAGUCGCUACAGAUAUUACCCAAGCUUCCAAAAUAUACUGCUUGGGUAGCGACAAACCCUACUUUGCUCAUCUAUGGAUUGAAAUCGUUGCAAAUAUCUCCGUCACGCUAGCAAUCAUGAAUACCCUAAAGUUCUUUAUGGGUCUCAAAGUUCAGCUGGCCGGAAUCGAUCCGAUGGUCAAAUUCCUCGCAUUCAAAGUUAUAGUUGGAUUCAAUUUCUUGAUAUCACUCAUCUUCUUGAUCCUUCGUUCUACCAAGGUUCUCAGUCCUUCUUCCACCCUGACAUGGGCAGAUAUCAACAUCGGCCUUCCAACCCUAAUUAUAUGUCUGCUCAUGGUUCCUUUCUCGCUCUUCUUUCAUUAUGCGUAUAGCAUCAAACCUUACCGCCUGAGCAAAAUCGCCUUGGAACAGGCGGAGAAUGGCAGACACGAACCAUUUACGCCGCUUCAGUAUCAAGGAGGACUAUUCAAUUUCAGAAUGUGGUUAUCUGUCUUCAGUCCCCUUGACCUUGUGCGUGGAUUUCAAGGUCGUCGGGUUCAAUCUGAUGUUGCUCGGGAACCGUUGCGUGGGCAGGGUGAAGAGUUAUAUGAUAUGCACAAUCCGUUGCUCUAUGCGCGUGGAUGA